CCGUGACCUCCAACGUCGCCAAUCAGCUAGGGCGUUCAACAUCUUGCUCCUACACGAACGGUAAGUCCUCGUCGCUUUGGAACUUUCCAGCAUUGCCCGGCGGGGGGCCAUUAUCUCACCCGAGAACCCCGAGCGAACAAAUAACCUACGACCAACAUCUGUUACAAACCGAGCAAGAAUCACCGAUGUCCAGCCUGAAGAACUACCAGCAGAAACUAACUACGUCCACCCAGCAUAUUAAUUAUCUCCAGGCAGGUACUCGCACCGCAACAUCGAGCCGUGCGAGCAGCAUAACUGCGCAUCACCAGGCAAGAAACUACGGACAACAUGGGCAACGAGGUUGCGCUGGAAUUAAGGGCGGCGGCGCGAUGUUGGUGGAUCCAAGUGACGGUGAUGCAGGGUCGUCAACCUAUCGCGCCAUGAUUGAGGCCUCCGGGACGUCGCCCGACCUGUUAGUACAACGACCCCAUCAUCAUGACGAAAGCAGGCAGCGUCGCGAUAAUUAUUACGUCGGCGACCACUCGGACGACGAACGCGGAACCGAGGAACGGCUCCUCGUGCGCGGCACGACGCACCAGCACAACGCGGACGGAUCGGGGCUAUCUUCCGGCAUGUUAUCCGACAACCUGAGCACCUCGGAGGAUGACCUUCCGCCCGCGAUUCAUCAGAAGCCAGCAAGGGGCGGGACCAGCACCACAACGUCGAAGCGCAAGAACGGCAGUAGAGUGUUGAAAACUAAACAGCAACUCUCUACCGCUCGCUCCACGUCGCUAGCUCGGACCUGGUCUUCUAGCAAGAAUGCAGCUUCCACCUCUCACGCACAGUCUGCCACCACCUCGAAGAACCCGAGUGUAAGGGGUACCGAAAAUGCGGGGGCAGAAGCUGCGGACGAAGGUCCUCGGAAUGACGAAUCUUCCGGGCACGUGGUCGCACCAGGUUGUUCGCGAGAUUUCAAGUUCUUCGCUCGGAAACCACGAGAUUUGGGUGCUGC